ACAAUUGGUCUGAAUGAUUUGAUGGAUGCUAUCAGUUAUAUCAAGGGAGAGGUGAUUGAUAUCCAGGACUUAGACAACUUUCUAGCAAAUGAGGGGGUUGAGCUCACAGAAGAAGAAAUGAAGAAACUAAUGCCUCAUUUGACAUUCAAUGACAGAGUUACUGGCCACAUGGCAGUUUCUGAUAUUAAAGCAAAACUUAAACUGAAUCCUUCAACAAAAGUACCCAACUUCCAUGGCAAGAGGGAUAAAGAUUUACCAGGACCACUGCCAAGCCAAUUACAGCACAAAGAAAGGAAGUUGAGCCCUUCACAAAUGCGAGCCUUCCAAGAUGCCUACAACUUCUUUAACAAGGAUAAAACUGGCUGUAUUGAUUUACAUGGAAUGAUGUGCACUUUAGCUAAGUUGGGAAUGAAUCUAACCAAGCAUGAUGUCUAUAAUGAACUAAGAUGUGCUGAUAUUGAUCGAGAUGGGAAGGUGAAUUUCUCAGACUUUAUAAAGGUGCUAACAGAUAACAACCGCUUCCUUAAGGCUGUGGUUCCAGAAACGGAGAACUGUUUAGAUUUAGCUGGCAACCCAGGGAUCCUAUUGUUUGAAAUCCUAUCAAAGCUUGUAGAGACUUCAGCCUUACCCAGAAAGGCUAUAAUGGAAAUAGUAAGCUAUUUCCAAAGAAAAUUCCAGGAAACCACCUCGGAAAUGGUGUGGAGCCCUUAUGCUAUGGGUUAUGGAAAAAGGAGAUUUAAGCCAGACAUAUGCAUACCUCCAAGCUCAAGCACAGCCGCCUUUGCUAAUGCUGCCCGGAUUGCAAUAAUGAAAGAAAAGGAUGUAUUUAAAUUUCUUGAAGAGCUCAAGAGAUGCAGUCCUCCUUCAGAUAGCCCAUAUUCAAAAAUACCCAUCUUUCCACUGGUUCCUAAUGUGGAUGGGGUGGUGAUGGGAAAGCCAUUCAAAGACAUACAGAAAUUAAAAAUGCUAAGGAGAAAGGAGCCUCUGAAUUUCUUUGAGAACUAUUUUUUCCAUAAAAAAGACUGGAAAACACAGGCAGCAAAUACAAAGCCUAUCGACCCUACCUCAGGCUACCCAACUGACAUCCUCGCCAUUGACCAAAUACUCAAGAGAAAGCAGAAUUGGACAGUGGCUGAUGCAGCUGCUAUUAAACAGCACGUAAAGAGAGCUACAGAUACCUAUAACUUGGGAAUUGCCCUUGAGCACCGGAAACAAAUGCUAAACCUCUGGCAGAAGAUCCGAGGGGAUUUGAUUGGGAUAGACAGUAAAAAUGAGUCCUUUUAUGACACCUUUUCUACUUAUACAUGGUCCUGGAAUGUCUGCCAAGAAUUACUUUCCCCAAAGGACUUAAGGUUAUAUGAUGCCUAUGUGAAUAGAAAUUCCUUCCACAACUCUGCAUUCUCUUCCUCUUCGGAUAUUAGUGAGUGUGACACAGGAAGAAAAAGAAAACGGAAAGGCUUCAAAGGGUUUCGACAAUGA